AUGACUUUUGUGGAGGCAGUGCCUGCUACUGGCCUCUAUCAUAGUGGAUAUACACCUAGUGGAACUGCAAAAACUCUGAGUCAGCACCUGGAGUACCUUGGGCUCUGUGAAGAUGACACAGAAGCUGAAGAACAGAUCCUUGAAAGUCUGAAUGGGAUUCUCCUGGCUCUUACUGAAGAUAAGCAGAGAUCUUUCAGCCUCCUCAGAGAGAGUGGGAUCUUCCUCAUUUUGUCAAAAAUCCUGAAGGGCAACCCACGAUGUGCAGUGAAAGCAGCCCAGGUGCUUUCGGAGAUAGUAAAGAAUGAGGAAAUGAAGAAACCAUGUAUUGAAGCAGAUUUGGUUCUAACUUUGAUACCUUUUCUGGAGAGCACAGACCAAGAAAUGUUGCUUCAUGCUGGGAGGGCUAUUGGCCGUAUCUGUUAUGAUAAUCGGGAUCUUCAGGAAGAGCUGGUGAAGAUAGGAGUAAUCACAUCGCUAGUCCGAAUAUUAACUGAUUAUGCAGAGAGUGAACCACUUGUCCAUGUUGAUCUGUUGGCCUUGUGCAAUCUUGCAGACCUUGAUACAGCCAAGGAAGCUCUAAGCAAGACAAAGGUUGCUGAACAGCUGGUGAAACAGCUGAAAAGAGCAGAAAACCAUGAGAGGUUAGAAAUUGUCUUCGAGGUCCUGCAAGCACUUGCAGAAAAUGAUGCUCUGAAAGUGCAGUUGGUGGAGGCAGGAGUGCAAGAAGUGCUGUCCGAGAUCCUGCUGAGGCUCCAAGGUAGUUCACAAGCUGAAGAUACAUGCGUUUUGAAGGCGGCAUCAGAUCUCAUUGUCUCUCUGCUUCUUGGAGACGGCAACUGUGUACGAAUGGUACAUCUUGGAGUCAUACAUCAACUUCUGGAUCUUUUGGAGAAACACGUAGAGAGUGAGGACAUCUCUGUUCAACAUGCUGCACUCAGUGCACUUCGAAACCUUGCUAUACCAGUUGUUAACAAGGUUCAAAUGCUGGAGGAAGGUGUGGCAGAAAGGAUUCAGGCACUUCUAAGGUCAGAGAUGCCUCCUGUGCAGUUUAAACUUCUUGAAACACUACGGAUGUUAGCAGAUGGCCAAG